CGUCUCGGGCCGAGCCCUGCAGCGGCAGUCGCUCUCGACCCUCGCUUGUGUUCGGUCGCCUGUGGUGCGUCUGCGCUCGCGCUCGUCACAGACGCUGAUGAUCGGGGCGUAACGACGAGGUACUUGCGGUCCCUGUAGUGAGGUGUUGUGGGAACGGAAAGGGAAUUACUCCAGUCGGGAUCGCAUCUUCUUAGGAGCAACGAUGGUGGUUUUGCAGCCUAUCAAGCCUGGGACGCCCAGGUUCAGUGGCCUCGCCCUCAAGCGUGGGCGGGCGCGACGGGCGUUGUCCCUCCUGGGCAGCAACGACGCCAAGGCCAACCUUCAGCUGGCCGAGUCCCUCAUGACCAUCUCGGCCGAGGAGUUCGCCGCCAAGUGGAAUUUCGACCCCGUCCGCUCCGUGCCCCUGCCGCGCGGCCGCUUCCAGUGGGCGCCCGUCGCCCCGCUCAGCCCCUGCGCCGCCGCCCACGGCACGGCGGAGGGCGUCGCCCCCGCAUCCCCCGCCGAGGCUCCGCGCGAGGACCUGCGCACCUGCCUCGCCGUGCCGACAUCUGACCUCGCUCGACCCCAGCAGGCGGGCGGGCGUGAGGCUCGCGUGUCUGCGGGCGGCAAGGGCGCGGCUGCCGACUCCUCCGUCGACCACGAGUGCUCCCCCAGGACGUGCGGCUGUGGCGCGGAGGUGGCAGCGAAGGGCGGCGCGAGGGGCGAGGAGGCGCAGCAGGAGGCGCUCGAGGCCAGACGGAGGCCCUCGGCGGACGCGGACAGCGGCAUCGAGAGCGACGAGUCCAUCCACCUGUCGUCGCCGUCGCCGCCGUCGCCUUCGUCGUCACUCAAGCAGGACAGUCAGCCGCGACUUCGUCAAACGUGCAUCACAGAGUUCGUACGUCCAAAGAAAAGGUUGACCUUCUCCUCGAAAGACCAGCAAGCGGCCCACACGACCCAGAGCAAGAAGAGGUCCGCCUCAAGCCUCCAGGACCACCUUCAGCCGCCCCACAAGAAAGUCCUCCUGCAACUCAGAGCGUGAUGGAGAACAGGCCGACGUAGAAGGAAGAGGAAGGAAAAGGAAAAAAAAAGAGGGAGAUGAGGACUUCGUCUCCUUCGGGUCCUCGCGAGGUCUCCGUCAGGUGAUCUUGUGUCUGGCGGUUUUCAGGAAGCUACGAAGAGCGGGUUUCAGUCACCGAGGCGACGGACGGAGGACCAAAAUUCACCGGACUGAAGCGAAUGUCGCAGUAGCGUGCUCGCCGUCCCCCCCAAAGUGCCCGAGCGACGGAGACGAGGCGUGCGAACUGACGUGAAGGUGCUGCUGCUUCGGGCACUCGGAGGCUUGGCUUGUCUCCUCCCGCGAAAAGGUGGACUGAAACCUGAAGUGAAAGGAUUGGCGAGAUGACUCCCCGAGCGACCAGGGUUUGUUCGCGUGACCGCCCGUUAUAUCGGCAGCAGAAGGAAACUGUUUUCGCUGUGUCGAAGAAAGUCAGUCUGACGUGCUUCGUUUAGGAAUAUAAGUGGAACUCAGCUUUACCUAUUUAUCGUUGAAACCCAUUUUAUUAUUAUUAUUAUAUUAAUAUAAUUAUUAAUUAUUAUUUUCGUUGCUACAUAAUCCGUGUAUUGUCGUAAGAUGAAAGAGUAUAAUGACCAUGUGCUGGUAAUUAUCACUAGUCAUACAUCAGCUGACAUCCAAAUGUUAUUUAAUACUAUCAGUUAAGAUCGAACACUUUACCGGAAACGGAGGCAAAUCCAAGACACGCCCAAGAAACGUAAAUGUUGUAAUUGCAUGAAGUGAUGAAGAGUUUAUUUUGAAUCUUGACUUAAAUGACGUUCAGAAUCAUCUACGAAAUUCUCCCGGGGGAAAAGCUAAAAAUAAUAUCAAGAUUAUUACGUUCCCGAGAGUCAUCACCGAAAAUCGAAGACAAACCACCGGGUAAAAGUACGAACAAAGUGUCCUUGAAGACGUCAAUAAGAGAAAAAAAAUAUAUAUAUAUACAGGAAAUAUCAACAUAGAUAACAUGAAAUCUAUAAAUGGACGCCCGGAAGCCGAAAAAGAACAUCAAAAAGUGAAUCUAUUUGACUUUAAAAUGAAGGCUCAAAAGUCUAACCCCCCCCCUGGAAAAUCACCUCGACAUCCCUUCCCUCCCCCCCC